AUGGAGAGUAGAGAGAGGGUUUUAUACAGUUUGGUUGGAACGCGUGGUGGAAUAGUAUUGGGAGAGAGGGGGAACAUGCCUGGGUAUUUAGAAAGCUUUCUUCAGAAGGCACAGCCAUUCUCAACAAUUAAAACCAUUAAAAUAAGGAAUGAUAGACUAACUUAUUCAUUUGGUACUUCUAAUAUUUAUCUGAUUGUGUAUAAAGAAGCAGAAAUUGAAAGGGAAAUAGAAGAUGCACUGAAUGAGGCGAAGGAGAGGAUAGAAAAAAGUGAAAAUUCGCGGGUUCUUUAUGGGAUAUUUAAAAAUGAAAUUGUAGGUGAAGAGGCUGGUGACUCUACAACAGAAAAAGCAGAUGCAGCAGAGGAAAUUUAUGAUUCUGAUCCAGAGGAGGAAACUACUGGAUGGGAUAAGUGGAAGAAGCCUAGGAAUAUUUUUAGGUUAUUCACAGGCAAAAAGGAGGUGAAUGAGAGUGGAAUACAGGACCAUCUUUUAUCAAGGAAUAUUCCUCAUUUACUCAGUAGAAAGAUAGCUAAUGAUAUAAUGACAACAAUGAAGAAUGACAAGAGCAAUAAGGGGAUGGGCGAAACCGAUCAAAUGAGACACUGCUUUAAAAAAGUCAUCUCAGAGAUUGUUCCUACUUUGUCACCCGGUAAGAUAAUUGAAGAAAUAGAAGUCCAUAAAAAGAAUUCAAAAGGACCGUACGUAUUCUGCAUGGUUGGCGUUAAUGGAGUGGGGAAGUCAACUACCCUUUCAAAGCUUUGUCUGUGGAUACUUAAGAAUAAGUAUAAAAUAUGCGUGGCAGCAUGCGAUGGGUUCAGAAGUGGUGCAAUUGAACAGUUAAAAAAGUACGUUGAAAGGUUCCAGGCGAGGGGCCAUUCCAUUGUACUGUAUGAGAAGGGAUACAAAAAAGAUGAAGCAUCAAUUGCAAGUAAAGCCAUAUCCUAUGCAAAGGAGAAUAAAUUUGAUGUUGUACUAAUUGAUACGUGUGGUAGAAUGCCUGGUAAUGCACAGUCUAUGCUAUCCCUAUCAAAGCUAAUUAGGGUUAAUAAGCCCAAUAAGAUAUUCUAUGUUGGUGAGGCAUUAGUUGGUAAUGAUUCUAUCCAGCAGAUAAAGGGGUUUAAUGAGUCAAUUGAAAGAGCCUGUGUAGACAAAACAAUCGAUGGGAUUGUAGUGACUAAGUGCGAUACAGUUGAUGAGAAAAUUGGAACAAUUGUUAGUCUAGCACAUACAGUUGAUAAACCAGUUGUUUUUAUAGGAGUCGGACAGAAGAAUGUUGAUUUACUCCCGUUUGAUAUUGACAAUCUCUGUGAAGCAUUAUAUUUAUAAAUUUGUAUCUUUUAUUUCCUAAUUUAGAAAUAUCCGUUAUUUUCAAAAUAUUUUCUAAUAAAACCAGU